AAGAAAUAGGUGGGAUAGAGUCAAACUUGAAGCUCCUUUAUAUUUCUUCAACCUGUUCUGUAUUGACCAUAAAGUGAAGCGAUUCGCGCUCCGUGUUUUAAUCCGGGCGGUGGUGAUAAAAACGUAACUUUUAGUGUUAUCAUCGGCCACUGAAAUGGCCUCAGUCAAGAUACUCUUUCUUUUCUCCCUUUCCAUAGUUGGCCUCAGGGCUCAGUACAACACACCAUCCUACGAUCGAAAUCGUACUGAUAACCAGUAUGACCCCUACAACUCACAAUAUGAUCGUCAACCACCGUACGAUCGUCAAAACCCGCCAUACGACCGCCAAAACGCACCAUAUGAUCGCCAAAAUCCGCCAUAUGACCGACGCAAUCCWCCUUAUGGACAGCCAUACGACCGUAAUGAUCGCUACAAUGCGCCGCCAUAUGACCGAAAYCAACCAUACAACCAGUCACAGUAUGGACGGCAAAAUCAAAGUCAUUAUGGCCCACAAGGCCCUCCAUAUGACAAUCGCGAUCCCUACAAUCGUGAUCGUUURGAUAACCGUGAUCAAUACUCUGUAGGAAACCGUGAUCAGUAUGGCAAUCGCGAUCGCGAUCAGUAUGGUAAUCGUGAUCAGUAUGGAGGAAAUCGCGAUCAAUAUGGAAAUCGGGACCAGUAUGGAGGAAAUCGGGACCAGUAUGGUGGAAAUCGUGACCAGUAUGGAGGCAAUCGGGAUCAAUAUGGAGGCAAUCGAGAUCAAUAUGGAGGAAACAGGGAUCAAUAUGGGAAUCGAGACCAAUAUGGAGGCAAUCGGGAUCAGCAUGGAGGUGGCAGGGAUCCGUAUUCUGAUCGUGAUCGUGACCGUGAUCGUUAUGAUAGUGAUGGUGAUCGUGAUCGUUACGGUUCACCUUUAUUUGAAACAAACUCUGAUUGUUGUACUGAAUAUUGUUACUCAAAGGAUCAGAAUCAGUAUGUGCAAUUUGCAACCAAAACGGCGUAUCAGAUUGCUUUUUCCAAAUCAUCCAAUCAACAACAUAGGAUACCAGACUGCACACCCAUCCAAUUUUGGAGCAUCAAUAGACACGGUACGAGAUAUCCCAGUGCAAGAACCAUCGAACGAUUGAGACAGCUGUAUAAAAUUCAACGAGAAAUAGUGCGCAACUAUCAGGAAAGAAAUUCUUAUCCUAAUAGUGGUCGUCUUUGUCCCGAAGAUUUGGAUCUCAUUAAAGGCUGGCGCUGGAAUGAAACUGUCAAUGAACGCAAUGCCAACGCCUUGACUUACCAAGGAGUAACAGAUAUGAAAUUCUUGGCGCGCCGUUACGCUACGAAGUUCGACGAAUUGUUGAGAGAACCCUACAACGAAAUGACCUACAGUUUUCAAUAUACUGACACUGAUAGGACCCAUGAUAGCUAUCAGGCUUACAUCGAAGGGCUUUUCAAAGAAAAAGCUUAUCAGGUUCAUGCUAAUGUUUUUAAUAAUGAUAGACUUAUCAAGCCCACAAGAUCGUGCAACGCUUGGUUAAGAGAAGUAGACCAAAAUCCGCAAACAUUCAACGAAUACAUGAAAUUCAAACAUAACAGAGAAUACCAACAAAUGGUUAGAGAUGUAUUCCGAAGAUUAGGUUUUAGAUACACACUAAACGAAUCAGUUUUAUCCGACAUGUAUGACAUGUGCCGCUAUGAAAAAGCUUGGAAUUUGGAUGCUAUGUCACCCUGGUGUAUAGUUUUCAACAAAGAUCAACUAAAACUUCUCGAAUACGCCGAAGAUUUAAAAUACUACUACAAAAGCGGUUAUGGCAAUGAAGUCAACAGACAAAUUGGUUGUCCUCCGGUGAAAGAUCUCUACGAAAAAUUCGAACGUACCGUCAAUAACGGGGGAACACCUAGUGGAAAUAAAGUUACAGUUUUCUUCACUCAUUCGGUUACGAUUCAGACAUUUUUAACUGCGAUGGGUAUUGCAAAGGAUAAUCAACCGUUGACGGCGGAAAAUUACUACCAGCAGCAACAUCGUAAGUGGCGUACUUCGAAAAUUGAUCCGUUUGCGUCCAAUUUGGCUGCCGUUUUGUAUCAAUGUCGUAGCGGGGAGCGUUACCGCGUCAUGUUCUUCUUGAACGAGGAACCAGUGAAUUAUCCAGAGUGUUCAGUCGGUCUUUGCAAUUGGAGUACCGUCCAAAGUAAAUUACGAGGUGUUGUAGACAAUUGUAAUUUAGAUUUCUGCGAUCGUAACGCUGCUAUGGCCGUCCAAUACAAUUACAUCAUUUAUUUCUCAUCUCUCAUCGCCAUUUUUCUUAGUCUUAAAAUUUAAAUGUUAAUUAAGUUAGUACAAAGUUACUGCUGUUACUUAUUUUGUAUAUUUUAUUGUUGAUAUCAUACUGUACAAAAGUGGAUAGAACCCGCCAUUUGCUCGUAAUUGGUGCCAGUUUGAAAUGAAAUUUCUUGAGGCAAAAAUGUGUGUAGUUUUAGAAAUAAUGAAUAUAGAGUUUUUUAAAACAA